AUGGCGGCAGCGAAGCAUCGCGACCCAAAUGUGCCCGCGAAGUGGACUGAUCUCCUUCCCGAGGUGCUUACCCUGAUCUUUGAGGAGCUGUUCCGCGAUUACGAGGCCUCUUAUCCCGUCGAUGAGCUGCACGAUCAGAAUCACGACGAGAUUGAGCAGCUCGACGAAAAUGACGAUGAAAUGGAGCCACUCGAGAAGACCUACUACGAAGUUGAGCUGUACACAAAGCUGAAGUACUCUUUUGGCCGCCUGCACAUGGUCAUCCCCACUCCAUAUUGCUUCGCGGUAUCCAAGAGCUAUCUUGAGGCAGCUAGGAGUUUCGUGCUCAAAUACUCCUUCGUCGAGCUACGCCUAUUCGACUUAUACUUCUCCCAGACCCGCGAGAUCGUUCUCUGCCCUGACUUCAAGGAGAUUCGAUAUCUAAAGGUGCCCUAUGCUCAGGAGCUCGCCAUUACCGUCCAGGCCGUCAUCGACGCCGCACCAUCGCUCAAGAUGCUGGUCCUCGACAUGGGUCAGCGCGAAUUUGGCUUCAACCACCUGCGAACAAUCUUGGAUGUCGACGAAGAGCCCAUCGCCCCAGAGUUCGAUGAAAAAGAGACCACAAAAAUCGCUCAAGACUUCGCGGCUGUCAUUGUCACUGCUUUCAUUGUUGCUCGCUACAAGGACAAGACACUGUUCGGUAGUGCCAUCGAAGCCUGGCUGAAACGCGACAAGGAGUUCGACUUCUGCAUGGACUUCACAACCGAAAAGUCGCAUAUCUCGGAAGUGGAAGAAUUUUCGUGGGGCCACGGUAGCAUUCAUUGGAUUUGGAAGGCAAGAUUCAAUGCCAGCAAGAUGGAGAUCGACAUCCGGGAGCCCGAUGACCUUGUCGCAACCCCGAUCGAGCCGCUCGCAACAGGCUUGACCCUUACCAUGGAUCCGACGUUCUGGCAGGAAAGUCUCGACGGUUACAUUCGCCACCAGAAGAACAAGCGCGCCCGCAGAGAAGCGUCAAGUCUAUCAUUUGCCACGGGAGAGGGGGAUGCAGCUAUGCUCGGCAAUCUUGGAUGA